CUGAAGUCUUGUGUUUUGUUCAGCAGCUUUGCAAACUUAAGCUGUGCUGCAAACCUCCCAAACAACCUCACUAAUCACGCUGCCGUGAACUUUAACCUUUCACCUGCUACCUGAGGCCAGACAGUCUGAGAAGGAGCUUGUGGUUUUGAUGCUCUGACUUUGAGUCUGGAGGAGAUGCACCGCUCACUGCUGCCCCUGCUGGUCAGUCUGAGUCCUGCUAUUCUGUUCCUGUUGCCUGGCAUCAUUGUGACACAGGAAGGACUCUGGGAGGACUACAAAUAUGGCCACGGUGACCUGGACAACCACAAUUUCUGCACCUGGAAGUGCCUCCUGUUCACGCUGCAAUGGCCGGGCACGUUCUGUCAGUCUCUGAACAACGUGAGUCUCUGCAGGAUUCCUCCGACCGUCAACAACUGGACCAUCCACGGCCUUUGGCCCCUCCACGCGAAGAACCGCUGCGACUGCUGGCCGAUGUUCCCCUCUGACGUCCAGGAGCUGAAGGCGGAGCUGACUGAACUCUGGCCGUCAUUUGUGAGAUUCAAGUCCAACUUCCACUUCUGGAGGGAAGAGUGGAGGAAACACGGAGCGUGCGCGGCGUGCGUGGAAGGAAUGAACUCUCCGCUCAGAUACUUCCAGGUCUGCGUCAAACUGCGAGCACGGUUCAACAUCCACAGCCUGCUGGAGGACGCCGGCAUCACUCCGUCCUGUGAGCGACCCUACAAGGUAAAAGUCAACAAAUCCAACUCUGACCUGGGGAAGGAUUUUUCAAAGCCUCUGAUGUCAUCAUUACCUGUGGAGGAGGUGCAGAGCGUCCUGGCUCCACACGUGGGGGACAAACUGGAGAUCCAGUGCAUCACGGAUGAGCAGGACAGAGAGCUGUGGUUUCAGCUGAAGAUCCGCCUGAAUCGGAACCUCACCGUAGGCUGCGAUCUCUGCACCGAUGCUGAAGACGCCCCGAAAAUCCAGCCCGGCUCACGGCCGGUACCCUCCCCGGGGCACCCCUGUCCUGACCGGGUGCCCUUCUACUACUUCCCCAUAAACCACGAGCGGCCACAGCGGCCCUGCGGCUAACGCCACCACCAUCACAGGUGGAGCCUGAGCAGCAGCAGGUUUACCCCAGAUACUGCAAGAAAUGUGUCUGAAGAGCUUAAAUGUGAAAA